GGAAAUUGCUGACUGAGGAAGUUACUGAGGUUGAUAGACAAGCUAAAGCUCAUAAGAAUGCAGAUCCACAGCAACACAGUUCUCCUAAUAACAGGUAUGUUCAUCGUUCAGAGUGUCGUUACCCCAUUAACCAUCCUGGCCCAUAUAUUGUCCUGAUAGAAUCAAUGCAACAUAAUAUAGGUAACUUACACCCUUUGACCAUUGGCAAAAAACUUCAUCCUAACCCUCAUAUUGUCCAAAUUCAGCGCUCGGGGCCUAACAGGCUGAAGAUUACCUUCGCUACCCUACAGGCAGCGAACCAAUUUGUUACCUCGGAUCAAGUCAAGUCGCUUCAGGUUAAAUGUCUUAUUCCCCAAGGUCUAAUCCAGCGGGAGGGAUUGAUCUAUGGCAUCCCUUUGGACGUGGCUAUCGACGAUCUGCUAGAGGGUAUCGAGUCCUCUCAACGCGUCAUACAUCUUGAGCGGUUGACUAAAUAUAUAGCUCCCGAUACCCGGGUGCCCAUUAAACUAGUUAAAGUGACGUUUGAGGGACAAACUCUUCCCGAAUAUAUUGCCAUCUUUAAAGAGCGUUUCAUCGUCAAACCUCGUGUUCAGUCAGUCCUUCAAUGCCAUCGAUGUCAUCGUUUUGGUCACUCGAUCAAGUUAUGUCGAUCUAAGGCUCUAUCAUGUGCAAUUUGCUCUCAGGAGCACUCCUUGGAUACAUGUCCCCAUAACGAUUCUCCAUUAUGUGUCAACUGCCGGGGUAACCACCCCUCCACGGACAAGGUUAAGUGCCCUGCUUGGGAAUUUGAGAGGGAGAUAAAACGGGUCAUGGCCUACAAUAAUCUCUCAUAUUCGGAUGCGAGACAGCAGGUACAGCGCGCUACUGGUCGGAUAUACCCAUUACCUAAAGAUCGUAUGGAUCCCCACCACUUGCCGAGACUCACCAGCUUCCCCCCUCUGACGCAGCCUUCACCUAUCGGUCCACAACACAUUCCCAUUUCUGAUCACUCUUACGCACAGGCUAUUCACUCAGACUCCCUGCAUCCACCCCUUCGACCGGAUGGGUACAGGGUUUGCUAUAAAGCAGUACCACCGAUCACGGAUGUCACAAGUCAGAAUUCUUUCAAUCUUCAACAUUAUUAUUCUCAGUUUCGGCCCUACACGCCUGACAUCACCAAUGGUGUGGCACUGCCGGGGCCUCCCGACGGAGGACUGUCCUCUUCUCCCCCUAUGAUGCAUACGCGUCAUCCUUCACAGGAUGCCCUACAGGACACUUCCUCUUCUGACGUAGCUCCACCUCCACACUCCACACGAUUAAGGCUUAACAUGGAAAAACUUAAGUCAUUGGUCGAUACCAUUGAAAUUAUGAUAGCUACAGCUAAAAAGGAAACUGAUUACGCCUUCGACAAAGAAAGCCUCAUCGCGGCUUUUGUCCAGGUGCUCGUUUAACAAUGCUUCUCAGACACCCCUUCUUGCUUCUUCAGUGGAAUGUGCAAUCUCUUUCGGCUAAUAGGUUCCCCCUGCUCCAUUUUCACUCUACAGUCUCAUGUGAUGCAGUUCUUCUUACAGAAACUCUCUUAACUUCAGGACAUCAUGUUACUUUUCCCGGCUAUAACUUAUACCUCUCGAAAAAGCUGGAUAGGGGUACGGCAAUUCUGGUCUCUCGAAGACAUCCCAGCACGGAAAUUAACGUGUCCUACCCUCCCUCUAUGCAACGCGUAGAUGCUAUCGCUAUCAGGCUCCUCCUUGAUGAUGUUCCACUCACCAUUGUCUCGAUUUAUGUCCACCCCCGAUCUUCGUAUACAUCUCAAGAUUGGGAAGAAUUUUUUCAACAAUUCGAUGGUGCUGUGUUCAUUGGGGGUGAUUUUAAUGCCCAUCAUAUCUACUGGGGCAACAAAUCUAAUGAUGCAGCUGGGAUCAAUCUUCUUGACUAUUUACAUACGUCUCCUUAUAUUCUGUUAAAUGGUACACAACACACCUGGAUGGGUCCUCCUACUGCGUCUUCUACUGCAAUCGAUCUCUCUUUCAUAACGUCUAAUCUGGCUGGCAACUUUAAAUGGGAGGUUCUUUCGGACAACUGGGGCAGUGACCACUUCCCUAUUCUUAUCACCACGUCACAGCCCACUACCUCAAGGCACUCAGAAGCACACUGGUAUUAUACUUUUCUUACAUCACGGGCCGAUUGGACUUUGUUUUCUUCGUGGCUGGAAUCUCGGACCGCAGCUACGUUCUGCUCUUCCAAUGAUGACCUCCUUCGCUUAUACUCUAGCUUCUAUAAUAACCUCUUCCAAGCAGCUCGUGCAUCUAUGCCAUUCCGGUUAAAGGGUCCUGUACAUAAACAAAGUAAGGCUCCCUGGUGGGAUGAACACUGUGCCAGUGCUAAUCGGCAGCGCUUAAACGCCCUACGAACGUACAAAACACGGUCUACUUUGGAUAACUUUAUACUUCUUAAGAAAUCUCAAGCAUUUGCUAAAUUAACCUGGAAAAAGCGUAAACAAUCUCACUGGCAAUCUUACUGUGAAUCUUUUUCACGUUCUACCUCUCUGAAAACGUUAUGGCGACAAUUCAAUACUUUUAGACAUAGUCUCACAUCCACGGCCUGGGCAUCUCUGCCUCCCCAUUUACUCCAUGACUUCAUGUCACUGGUCGCUCCUCCUACAGUUUCCCCUCCGCCUUUCCUCGCUGACGUUCCUCCGGUUCGCCCCGCGUCAAAGGAUAAGGUCUGUACCUCGCUCCUACAAGACUUUUCUUUUUCAGAAUUCUCUCAAUGUGUCCAGACAACACCUGAUUCUGCACCCGGACCGGACUUGGUUACUUAUAGUAUGAUCCGUCAUCUUCCUGUCAAUGCGCAGUCCUUCUUAUUGCACAUUUUUAACCUCAUUCUACGGCUUGGCAUUAUUCCACCUAGCUGGCACGAAUUCUACAUCCUUCCGAUACUUAAACCAGGCAAGUCUCCUCUUGAGGCCACCUCCUAUCGACCUAUCGCUCUCCGUUCGUGCUUGGCUAAAUUGUUUGAGAAGUUACUCAAAAAUAGGUUGGUGUGGUGGUUCGAAUAUUAUAACCUCCUUCGUCCAGAACAAUUUGGCUUUCGUUCUGGUAUGGGCACUGAAGAUGCAAUCUGCUCCCUUUACUCCCAAAUUCGUUUAGCCUUUCAACGUAAAGAGAUAUUCUCUGCCAUAUUUAUGGACAUAUCUGCGGCUUUUGAUAAUGUCCAACUUCCUAUCCUGUAUUCGAAACUAUGCAAAUUAGGACUUCCUCGUCAGAUUAUCAGGAUCCUUUCUGCCUUACUCUCUUCUCGUACUUAUACACCGCGGAUGGUACGGCCUGCACCUUACACCCGACAGGUGUCCCAAGGAUUAGUGCAAGGAAGCUCUCUUAGCCCUCUUCUCUUCCUUCUUUAUACUCAGGACCUUAUGUUUCACAUUGGAACUUCGGCUAAAUUAACUGCGUACGCCGAUGAUGUGGUGUUGUGGUAUCGUGGUUCUACUAUUCUCGACACUAGUACUACUCUUUCAGCUGCCCUCACUCAGGCUCAAAGUUGGUUGGGAACGCAUGGAUUCAGUCUGUCCUUAUCGAAAACGAAGAUAAUACACUUCACACGAAAACGGGUUACGACGCCUGCUCAUGCUAUUUCAUUGGAUGGUGUUCCCUUACCUAUAGUCCCGUGCAUCAAAUACCUUGGUGUUUUCUUAGAUCAACGGAUGCUCGGUAUCGCUCACAUUAAUUAUGUCAUUGAUAAAUGCUCUCGUCGGUUACACCUCCUUAAGGCUCUAGCGGGGAAAACUUGGGGGGCUGAUGUCCGUAGUCUUCGCUCAUUUUCCAUUUCUACUAUCCGACCGAUCCUUCUCUACGGUAGCCAGGUAUUAAUGUACGCGUCCACUUCUCAGUUGCAAAGGUUGGAAACACUUCAGAAUACUGCUAUGCGAAUCAUCCUAGGUGCGUUUAAAUCCACACCUAUCAUGUAUAUGUACAUUGAACUAGGCCUUAUUCCAUUAUCCUUAUAUCGCCGUAUGCUAUAUGCCCGCCAUUGGGUUCACCUUCGUAUCGUAAGGCUGCCAGGUUUACGACGGGCUAUGGACGCCCUAUAUGACAUCCCCACUCCAGUUCUUACAGCUGCUCGAUCCAUUGAUCCUGGACCGUAUGGCUAUAAAUACUGCUACUCGUUUGAUGUUCUUACUUAUGUCCCCUUGGUUCGUAUAGAGGGUCGUAAAGACAAACCCCCCGCGGUGCUUCGGCAAAUAUACUUGGACCUUCUAGCUUCCUACCCCUCUGCCUCUCGCAUAUAUACGGACGGCUCUAAACGUCAGGAUGGUGUGGGUGCAGCAUGGUUUGACUCCUCGCACGGUCGAUCUGGACUUUACAGGCUUCCUGAAUACACUUCCAUCUACUAUGCCGAAGCGUAUGCAAUACUUAUGGCCUUACAAUAUAUUCUGUCGCACGUGGUUCCCAUUCCCUUGAUUGUUUCCGAUUCUGCCAGCGUUCUCACGUCCCUCUGCUCAUCUCAUCAGACCUCCGACUUGCUUCUCUUACGUAUUAAACACCUCUGCCUUCAAAUUGAACCACAUUCGGGCCCUGUUACAUUCCUUUGGGUUCCCAGCCAUGUGGGCUUGGGGGGAAAUGAAACUGUAGAUAAGAUGGCUAAUUUAGCCAUAUCCACCGGUCGCCUAGUACAACCUGCCUCGUACCAGCCUCUGCUCCCUCUCGUGAAGAGAUACUUCAAGGAGAUUAUGUUCCAGGAUUGGAUUGCUUAUGCCCACACGCAUUCAUCACUCUACCCUUCUCUCCAUCCCUCUACGGUUCCAGUUUACAAAACUCUUCCCCCAUAUGCUUCUCGCCGUCAGGCGGUCAUGUCCUUCCGUCUUAGGUCCGAACAUCUUCUGACUCCAGAGCACCUCUGUCGACUGGACAUGACACCCCAUCCGACCUGCCCUUGUGGGGCUCCUGUUGCGGAUGUUCAGCAUCUUUUAUUGGAAUGUCCCCGUUUGAGUGCGAGAACACACCUCCUACGUACUUUUCAAGAACUGGAAUUGCCGUCCCCACUUUCAUACCCUAAUAUGGUAUACACCUCCACCCACGCUGCAUAUUUGGCAAUCAUCGCUUACUUUUUGUCCAAUGGUAUCACUUUUUAACCCUGGGGUUGCUCUUGUAACUUCCUUGGUGACCGGCCCUCCCCAACUCCUUGUUCCAUGCUCCACGGCCUACUCCACCCUUGGUAGACGGGCCUCUACCAAGAAGAUGUAGUUUAUUCUCUAGCCUCCUCUUCUGAUUAACAUGCUCCCGACACUCUGAACUAUGGCCGUGGGCUUCAUGCUGUAGGCCACUAUCCAAUUAAAAAAAAAAAAAAAAAAAAUCGACGUGUGUUUGAACGUUGCGAAGAAGUUGAAGAGCAUCUAAUAAAGGAGCGCGGGGAUGGCAGCCGUGUGGGGCACGAGGCCUCGCAAGAGACGUGCUGCUGGCACGGACGAGGCCACGGAGCACCUGGAGUCGGAGGGUGAUCGACUCAUCAAGCACUUGGUCGACAAGCAGCUGAACACAAGCCUCAGCCUCCAGGAGCAGCUGCGGUGCGAGCGGCAGUACGAGCGGCGGCUGGAGGUGGGGGCGCUGUCGUGCGGGGCCCGGGGGCAGACGUCCUGGCAGCAGUUCCAGGACAGGGAGCGCUGGGCUGAGCUGCGGUCUCGCGGCCUCUCGGAGGAAGAGGCGUCGCUGCUGUGCGGCCAGACACGGCCCUGCCUGGAGGGGCGUGUGGCUCGGGAGCGUCUGGCCGACAUCCAGCACAGACUGCAGCCUGCGCCCCCGGCGUCAUCUCUCCACGGGAGAGCCACGCGGCUGGAACUGGAGAUGGCAGGCGCAGAAAAGGCGUGCAGCAAGGAGACCAGACUGUACCAGUUCGCACUGUCCUGUCGGCCAGCCAGAGAGGACACUCGCCCCCCCAAGCACCCCAUCCACCAGCUGCGAGCCCUGGAGCAGCAGCUACUGGACCGCGUGUCCUGGCGACAGGUGGACCCGAGGCCCGCCGUGCCGCGCCGUGUCGUGCCGCCGGCUCGCUGCUCGUGCGGGGACACGGCGGGCUCCGGCUGGGACGUGCGCUGUGCGUGUCGCGUCGAGAGCAGGGGCACAGUGCCUGGGGUGCGCUCCUGCCGGCCCCAGCGGCUGUACACGGUGAGGGAGGGCAGGAUCGUGGCGCUGGAGGAGCUCCCGACGGGCGGCGGGGGAGAGGACUCGGAGGUGGCCCGUGGAGGGGAGCCGUUCGUGGGGGCCUGCGCGCGGGAGGACCCUGGACCGCGGCCGGACCGCCUGAGCGAGGACCAGUUACGCAGGCUGCCGAGAUUCUGCGACUACCGCCCCGGCCGGCCGUCCCAGGUCCUGUUCAUCAAGAAUCUGCAGAGGAGUGUGAAGGAAGAGGACCUGGUCUCGCUGUUUGGUCGGUUUCAAGACCAGUCCGGGCGCAAGCUGACCUACCGACUCAUGACCGGGCGCAUGAGAGGCCAAGCAUUCGUUACCUUUCCAAGUGUGGAACGGGCGGCCGCUGCUCUGGAGGCAGUCAAUGGCGUCGUGUGGAGAGGCCAGCCGCUCGUCAUCCAGUUUGGCCGAUCUCCCCCGGGAAGUACCGCUGUGUGCGAUACUCAGCACGUCACAUGAGCCAAGGACAUGGCGCUGUGUUCAAUUACUGUAGUUUUAAAAUGCUAUUUGUGAGUUUUAAAUUGCCACACUUUACCUGUACAAAAUGUUUCAUUUUCUAUUUGUUACCAAAAAUAUUAAACUUAUUUCUUGAAAAAUUGUACUGCUGUUGGACAGAGGAGCGUGCGCUUUGGACACAUGAACAGGACUGAAAUAGAAAUGGUAGAGGGGUGGGAAGGGUUGAACCAUUGCACCCUCAGAACGUAUCAUCCGUAGUUAUCAACAGAGCUAGUGAUGUGCCGUGCCAGCUAUGAGGAGAUUGUUGUGAAAGAGUCCUAUGCGAGCUGGGAGGAGGCUAGUGACCAGGAAGAAGCUCUUGCGAUGGACGAAGACGAAGAAUCCGGGGAAGAAAUCGCAGAUGUACCUGUGAACCCCUCCACUCUGACUGAGGAGAAUAUUGCUGCUGCAGUGAGAGAGUUAUUUUCCACGUACCUAUGACAAACUAUCAACUUUAGAGCUGGGUUCGCGAACAGUUGUGUGGUCAGAGCAUUUGAUGGAUAGUAUGAGUAGUGCUGUGGAGUGGGCUAUUGUGAGGGCAUUCGGUUACACCCUUUUGAAUGAUAUAGUGUUAGUGAGGGGAGAAAAUGUUGUGUAGAUGUGUGUUUUUUGAUUUAAGAGUUUUAAACUUUUACAAAUUUGAUUUACUUCGAAUUCCUGUAACGACUUUUAAUAAUGCGCUAUUGUCAUGUGAUGUGAAGUGCAUCUCGCAGAGAUGGUUAUGGCUGAGUGACUUCCUUCAACAACUGGGCAGCAUAAGAGCGGACUUUCUCUCGCAACACCAGUGUUCCUUGCUACUGUGGAUAACCACUCAGAAGACAAUCACAUCAUCAUGUGCUGCUGAACAACAGUGACGUCACUCGCGUGAAAGUGUGAUCCUCAAGAUGACAGUGCUUCGAAUUAUGUGUUACACAUCAAAAUAAUAUUCGGAGUUCAUAAAAUUAAUUUGUGCCCAUAAUUUAUAAAAUCAAAUUCCAAAAUAAAUUAGUUCCAGUGCA